AUGGCGAAAGAACACUUGAGCAACGAGGCUUUCUUCACUCAAUUGACCUCAUUGAUCGAGAAGACACAGCAAAAGGGACAUGGAGCUGUCUACUUGACGCAAAAGCGAUUAACGUUCGAUGCAUCCUCGACCACGACCACAGCUCAAAAGAUCGCAGACGACCCGCUGUGGGAUCUGAACCCGCCCAACCCUCUCCCUCUAAUCAUCCGGGCCACGGACGGCAAGAGUCACAAGCUUGGGCCAGAAGGCACGAAAGGCGGGAAGGGCGGCAGGACGAAGAAUGCAGAUAAGGUGAAGCUCAAGACAGUCGUGCAGCCGGAUGAUCUGGACGCCUUCUUUGCGAAAUACGCGGAGGUGUGCAAGGCGGGAAUGCAGAGUUUGAAGAAGAGGGAUAGGAGUAAGCGGAAGAAGGCGAGCAAAAAGAAGGGUGGUGCUGGUACCGGUGGGGAUGGGAAGGUAUGA